UGUGUAAUGAAUCUAGAAUAUAUGAAAGUUCUACUUUUUGAAUCAAAUUACGAGGGGGAAAAAAUAAAUAAUAACUUUUCCACGAGAUUCGGACUUUUUGAGAUGCACCUGUAGAGUUUAAACAAAAAGCGUAAUUGUAUUUGGGUUGAUGUGAAAUCGCAAAUACGGGCACUUUACGCACUCCUGGCAACCCUGUCUGUAACCCCCCGUGCUGGGUAGAUAGGCUGAACUUUUAGGCUCAGCGCGUGCAACUCGGUAACUUCGUUUCGGUUUGUCUCGCGUGUAAAUCACAGGGCAGUCGCUUGAUUGAGAACCAUGGCGGAAAAUUGUGUGAACGGCGGAAAAGCUACAUUUGACAAACCCAAGGUUGAACUGCACGUGCAUCUUGAUGGCGCCAUCCGGAUCGAGACCAUACUUGAUGUGGCCAAGAGGCGAGGUAUUAAACUCCCUGCAACCACGGUGUCUGAGAUGACUAGCCUGUGCACGGUGGAUAAGCCGGGAACACUCACCGAAUUCUUGAGCAAGUUUGAUCAGUUCAUGCAUGUCAUUGCAGGGGACAGAGACGCCAUUAAGAGAAUUGCCUACGAGUUUGUGGAGACCAAAGCUAAAGAAGGAGUGAUUUACGUGGAGACGAGGUACAACCCGCACUUGAUGGCCAACUGCAAUGUAGAGCCGAUACAGUGGAACCAGGAAGCAGGUGACGUGACACCAGACGACGUAGUGCAUCUUGUGAACGAGGGCCUGAAGAAGGGAGAGAAUGACUUCAAGAUCAAAGCUAGGUCCAUUUUGUGCUGCAUGCGGCACAUGCCAAACUGGUCCAUGGACGUGGUGGAGUUAUGCAAGAAGUAUCGAAAUGAUGGCGUAGUGGCCAUAGAUUUAGCAGGAGAUGAAUCUCUAAACUGUGAAGCCUAUCCUCUCCACCGCAAAGCCUACGAGGAAGCAGAGAAAAGUGGCAUCCACAGAACAGUGCAUGCGGGAGAGGUCGGCCCUCCAUCUGUUGUGAGAGAGGCUGUUGAGGUGCUGAAAGCAGAGCGUAUUGGACACGGUUAUCACACAAUCAAUGAUGAAGAGCUGUACAAACAGCUGCUCGAACAGAAUAUGCAUUUUGAGAUAUGCCCAAUCUCCAGUAAACUGACAGGAGGUUGUGAUCCAGACUUCACUAAGCAUCCACUCAUCAGGUUCAAGGAAGACAACGCAAACUACUCUCUGAACACGGACGACCCCGUGAUUUUCAACUCCACCCUGGACUCCGAGUACGAGACUGUGAAGCAAUACAUGGGCUUUACCGAGGAAACAUUUGUGCAGCUGAACAUAAAUGCAGCCAAGUCGUGUUUCUUGCCUGAAAAGGAGAAGAAGGACUUAUUGAAUCAGCUCUACGAGGCCUACGGCAUGAUCAACGACACCAGCUUCUAGGCUCAGAUCAGCUAACCCAAAGCACACGGAGCCUUUCAAGUACACUCCCGCAGGAAUUAAAUCCUUUAACUAAGCUUUUACUCCCAAUAUAAGCCAUAACUUAACUUAUAUAUAUAUAUAUAUAUAUAUAUAAUGUGUGAAAGAGACACAUUGACCUAAGACGCAUACAUGAUGGCAUAAAUAUUAAAAGGAUAAAAUACUGAAAUGCAGAUCCUUCUGUCUUUGUGGCUUCAGUACAGACAGCGUCAGAACAUUUUAUUAAAACCGCCAUAAGGCAAAGUAAAUCUAAAAUGGAAAGCCGGAAUUAAGAUAUGAAUAAUGUUUUUCUUUCAAAUGUAAAGGUCAGAAUUAUUGGCACCCUUUAUAAAAAAUGGAAGAUUUGUUGAUAGGAGUAAGUCCACCUCUUAUGACAGAGGGCAUUAACUUGUAAAUU